GGCAUAUCCCUUGGUCCUCAAGUCCAGAAGUUCCGGCCUUCAGAGAACCGCAACUCGCGUUCAAGAAACCACGUGCCAUGGAGCUUCUUUCCGGGGUGGAGCGGGCACCUUCCACCUCCCCUGAGCACAGACUUCCUCCCGGUUGCUGCUGCCGGCAAUCGAAACGCGGGGAAAGGCCGUGGACACGGCCCCACACGCCGUGGUUGACCCGCCCCCAGCCAGAGAAGGCACCUCCAAGUACGAUAGUCCUUCGCUCGUCGCCACGCCGAUGACGCUUGCGGAAGGCCGGAGGAAACCGACGGAACCGCAGAACAAUGAGCAGCCUGACGUCGUCAGAUGAGCGGCCUGCUGGCCAUGGAGCAACUGCUCCCUCGCGUCCAGCGGACCAGGUGUCAAUGUCAAACACCGCCGGGGAGACCCAGCUCGAAGGCGACCCCAAGUCCAACGAGGGCGUCAACCUUGACGACUUGAUUGAAGAACACAUCCUCCCCAAGCUGGACCCUGACUUCCUGGAGUACUUUGCCAGCGUCCAGGCUCGACAACGGGCGCAGGGACAACUAGCUCCCACAAACUCGAUCGAGCGCGUGCGCGCGCACCCAGAGCUCUACCGCGCCCCCUGUGCUCUCGACACAUCGGGCUACCCGAGGGUUACCGACCACGUCUGUCCGUCGCGGGACAAUGUCGACAUCCCGGUGCGGGUUUAUCACCCGGAUCCCGCGACGCACGGGUCCGGGCCUUACCCGGUCCAUCUGAACUUCCACGGCAAGUCGUCCCGAUCGUUCUGGUCGUUGGGUUGAGCCUCGGGC